AGUUGGUGAGCGUGUAGCGAAUAGAAGUAGGACACGUGUGAUUGAAGGGAUAUAAAAGCAGAGAGUGAGAGAUUGGCGCUAUUUGGCACUCAGAAGACAUCGUGGGCAUCGGCAGGAGAAGAGAGAAGAGAGAAGAAGUAUCUUUCAACUUCCAACUAUCUCAGUGUUUUCAAACUCUGCUGUCACUCCUCCUUCAGAAGAAGAUCCAUUUGAUAGAAAACCUGUGGUAAAUUUCUUUCUUGUGUUGUAGCUGGUGAGCUCAUGGCUUCUGUGGAUCUGUGCAAAGAUUCCAUGAAAGAUGCUAUUACUCCAAUUCCGAAGGCUGCCACCGAUUGUGCAGUUCCUAUAACUCCCGAGGCUCUCGCCGAGAAUGGAGAUUUUCAAUCCCAAUCCCCUCUCACUCUCUCAGUGCUGAGGAAGCAACUCAAACGUGCCUGCAUUCGUUGCGAUUCUGACAGAGGUGGCUUUCUUGAUAAUGGUGAUGAAAAUGACAAUGGCAAUGGUAGUAUUGAUAGUCCCCGAACUCCUGAGGAUGGUGUUUUUGAUCCCUUUGCACCUGGUCCUGAUAACAUGGCGCGGGCACCCAGCAGCAACAAGUAUCUUGACGACUACAGGAACAGCGUCGCCCGCAGACUUAAUUUUCAGCCCUCCUUCGAUGUUUCUCAGGCUGAUAGUGACACUCUUUCAGAUGAGGACAUGGUUGAGUCCGUGUACGAGAAUCUUUUGCAAGUGAUUUUUUCAAAGCAGGCUGAGGAGGUUCUUGCUCAACUGUCAUACUAUUCUGAAACACCUCCUUCUCCGUCUUGCAUCACUGGAAUUGCCGAUGCUUGUCCAGGUGCACCUAAGAAGCCUCCGGCUCCACCCAGGAACAUCGAUCCGAGGUUGUGCAAGAAGCUUGAAUUCUGACUCAGACUCAACCCACCCUGUUUUAUCCAGAUGUAAACUUAGACCAGAUACAUAUCACAUUCAUUCGCAACUGCAUUUUGUGCUCCUAAUUUGACCAUGUAUCUCUACUUUGUAGCAUAACUUGUUCAGGGAAAAUGUUUUUCAUAGAACUCUUUUGCAUUUGACCAAGGUGAUAUACAUCUAGCAACUAUAUUGUACAGUAAACUAUUGACGUUAGUUUAUUUUACCAUGAAUUAUUCUGUAGUUUUAAUUA